CCGGCCCGGAAUCCAUUCCGGCCUGGGAGCCGGAGCGGCCUGGCCGCCGUCUGCUCGACCCCCUGGCCGUCCGGCGGUCCGCCCUCCUGUGCGCCUGUCUGCUGGUGCGUCCGCCUGCCCGCCGGCCCAGAAUUCAGAGGCUCAGAGAAGUGAAGUAAUUGCCCCACAAUGAGAGAACAAGCCAGGAUUUGAAACCAGAUGAGGACGCUGAGGCCCAGAGAGGCCAAGUGACUUGCCUAGGGUCGCGCAGUGGGAAGACGAGGAGCAGGGGCUCCAGGCCACGACCCCUGACUCCACACCUGGUGUUUGCUGAGACCCCAGGCUGCCUCCCAGGCCCUUCUGGGACAGCCCCUGCCUUCCACCAGCCAGGACCAUGGGCAGCAACAAGAGCAAGCCCAAGGAUGCCAGCCAACGGCGCCGUAGCCUGGAGCCUGCUGAGAACGCCCAUGGUGGCGGCAGCGGGGGUGCCUUCCCCACCUCCCAGACCCCCAGCAAGCCGGCGUCUGCUGAUGGCCACCGAGGCCCCAACACGGCCUUCUCCCCUGCGGCUGCUGAGCCCAAGUUGUUCGGAGGCUUCAACUCCUCAGACACAGUCACCUCCCCGCAGAGGGCGGGGCCCCUGGCUGGUGGAGUGACCACUUUUGUGGCUCUCUAUGACUAUGAGUCACGGACAGAGACUGACUUAUCCUUCAAGAAAGGGGAGCGCCUCCAGAUUGUCAACAACACGAGGAAGGUGGAUGUCAGCCAGACCUGGUUCACAUUCAGAUGGCUGCAAAGAGAGGGAGACUGGUGGCUAGCCCACUCGCUCAGCACAGGACAGACGGGCUACAUCCCCAGCAACUAUGUGGCACCCUCCGACUCCAUCCAGGCUGAGGAGUGGUACUUCGGCAAGAUCACGAGACGGGAGUCAGAGCGGUUACUGCUCAAUGCGGAGAACCCGAGAGGGACCUUCUUGGUGCGAGAAAGUGAGACCACGAAAGGUGCCUACUGCCUCUCAGUGUCCGACUUCGACAACGCCAAGGGCCUCAAUGUGAAGCACUACAAGAUCCGCAAGCUGGACAGCGGCGGCUUCUACAUCACCUCUCGCACCCAGUUCAACAGCCUGCAGCAGCUCGUAGCCUACUACUCCAAACAUGCCGAUGGCCUGUGCCACCGACUCACCACUGUGUGCCCCACAUCCAAGCCACAGACUCAGGGCCUGGCCAAGGACGCCUGGGAGAUCCCCCGGGAGUCACUGCGGCUAGAGGUCAAGCUGGGCCAGGGCUGCUUUGGAGAGGUGUGGAUGGGGACCUGGAAUGGCACCACCAGAGUGGCCAUCAAAACCCUGAAGCCAGGCACAAUGUCUCCAGAGGCCUUCCUGCAGGAGGCCCAGGUCAUGAAGAAACUGAGGCACGAGAAGCUGGUGCAGCUGUACGCGGUGGUGUCUGAGGAGCCCAUCUACAUCGUCACGGAGUACAUGAGCAAGGGGAGUUUGCUGGACUUUCUCAAGGGAGAGACGGGCAAGUACCUGCGGUUGCCUCAACUGGUGGACAUGGCUGCUCAGAUCGCCUCAGGCAUGGCAUAUGUGGAGCGGAUGAACUACGUCCACCGGGACCUGCGUGCCGCCAACAUCCUGGUGGGCGAGAACCUCGUGUGCAAAGUGGCUGACUUCGGCCUGGCGCGGCUCAUCGAAGACAACGAGUACACAGCCCGGCAAGGUGCCAAAUUCCCCAUCAAGUGGACGGCUCCCGAAGCCGCCCUCUAUGGCCGGUUCACCAUCAAGUCAGAUGUGUGGUCCUUUGGGAUCCUGCUGACGGAGCUCACGACAAAGGGACGGGUGCCCUACCCGGGGAUGGUCAACCGCGAGGUGCUGGACCAGGUGGAGCGGGGCUACCGGAUGCCCUGCCCCCCGGAGUGCCCCGAGUCCCUGCACGACCUCAUGUGCCAGUGCUGGCGGAAGGAGCCGGAGGAGCGGCCCACUUUCGAAUACCUGCAGGCCUUCCUGGAGGACUAUUUCACGUCCACUGAGCCCCAGUACCAGCCUGGAGAGAACCUAUAGGGAGCAGGCUACAGGGCCAGACUGGCUUCUCGGCUUGGAUCUGGGGCUGGGUGGCCCCCAGCAUGGGCCCUGCCUCCCUCUGCCUGUCUGCCAUUGAUCUUCUCCGUGGGGCUGAGCUGCCAGUGAUGAGGCCUCUCCCCUUUUGUGGCAUGGAAGGGCUCGGGCCUGGGGCAGCCCUGAGGGCGGGACCCAAGCCUGGCACAGUGACUGUGUCCUGGCUCCUGCUCAGCCACAGGCCUCCUCCUUGUACCCCCUCCUGGAGCUCUGUGCGUCACGGUGGGAGGACCGGAAAGAAGGGCUGGGGCUGAAGGCUCCCCUUUCCCGGCCUCCGCCUACUUCCUGCAUCAGCUCCGUCCCACUUCCGUGCCACCCAGGUCUGUCUCCAGAGCUGGCCAGAGAGCCUUUCCAAAGAAAAGUGGUAGGCCCUUGGCCGUCAGCCUGCCUGAUACCCUGCCCCUUGCCGUCCAUUUCGGAAACACCCGUUGGCGGAGGCCGCUGGGUCCAUACCCCUCUGCCACGGCCCCCAGGCUGGGCAGGCUGAGGCCUAGACUGACUCGACGGUGGGUGGGCUGGGAACCCCCUCAAACCCUGCCCUUUUUCGAUCCAGGGGACCUUUAGAGAUAAUCAAUUCCAUGUCCCCUGUUACCCAUGGGGAAACAGAGUCUGAAGGGAAGUUGUGACUUAUCCAAUGCCACAGAGCAUUUCAGGGUUGAGGUGGGAUCAGAACCCGGUGCUCCCUCUGUCUUCCUCAGGAACCAACAAGAUUGUCCUCAGCGGCAUCAUGGACAGACUGUGGCUGCCCAAGGGACAAGGGGCCGGAGGAUAGGUUAGAGAUAGUAGAGAGCCCUGCUGCUGUUUCCCACUCAGUGGGGCUGUUUUGGGCGGGGGUGGGGGGAGAGUGGAGGUAAUGUGGGGCUGAGCUGGGAAUGAGAGGUGAAAGUGCAGGUGUGGGGUGGCAGACUUCAAUCAGAUCAUGGGUGGAUUUUGACCUUCCGGGCUAGCCGGCCAUGGAAGGGAGUGAGCUCCCAGACUCUGGAGGCAAUCAAGCAAAAAUAGAAGAUCUACGUGGAUGGGAAGCUCUGGCCCUGGCUUUAGGAGGGAACUCCGGGUUGCCCGUCCUGUUUGUCCUUUGUCAUUUCAAUGCCUGGCCCCUCCUCCCCUCUCCAAGUGACACCCCUUAACCCCUGAGCAGGGAAAGGAGUGCGUAGGCUGGGGUAAGAGAGGAUGAGGGUGUCCCCUGCCAUGCCCUGGGACCGGCUGUGCGACCUUGGCUGGACUUUGCUUCUUCUCUUGGCUGCAGCGUCAGCCUCCGUAGGUGGCCACGGCCUCUGCGCUUGCUCUGCUCCCGUCCGGACCCUGUGGCCUAGCAUCACAUUGCGAGCACAGCCCGGGGCACCGGGAGACUGUUUUGGCCCCAGCUCUGCUGUUCAGGGCGUGUGGCGGCUUUCCCUGGGCCUCAGUGUGCUCCUCUUGAAGGGGGCGGCUGACAGUUUGUGGGCAGCUUGCCAAGGGCCUCUGUGUGUAUGUGUGUGUGCACGUGUGUGUUCCUCCAUGUGUGUCCAUAUUUAACAUGUAAAAAUACCCCUUAUUCUGUCCCCCAGACACAUUGUACAUUUCACCCACAGCCCCCCCUCAUAGCAAUAACAUUCCCACUGCCAGGGAUUCUUGAGCCAGCCAGGCCCUGCCAGCAGGGAAGGAGGCCAAGCGGUGCCGGCCUAUGGAAUUUCAACUUUUCCUUUCAUACAUGUUUAUUACCCAAGUCUUCUGUCUGUCCCUGUGAAGUCUGGGCUCAUUGGCAACAGUGAGCUCUCAAAUCCCCUUCCAACUGCCCAAGGCCCUUUGUAUAAGGUGUCCUAAUACUGUCCUUUUUUAAAAACAAACAAAUAAAUAGUGUUUUGUAGAUUUCAGAUGACUAUGCAGAGGCUGGGGGGCCCCAGCUCUGGGCAGGGCCUGGGCAUCCCACAUUCCGUGGCCCAGGCUUGGGGGGAGGGGGGAAUCCAGAAUUGGUUGUAAAUACUUUGCAUAUUGUCUGAUUAAAAACA